UCAGUAUUAUAGGUAGAAUUAAAACCCGGAUGUAUAAGAAAGUCAUCUACUUCAAGUAGGAUACUAUUAGUACUGCCAUUUACUCUCGCCAUGAGGAAUUUCUCGGACGAACUGGAAAACAGAUCAUUAUCACUAUCAUUACUGAUAUUUUGCUGGUUGUACAGAAUAGAUAGAAGAUGUCAUCUAGCAAUGUUGAUGAGCAGCAUCCAAUGUCUAAAAAUGAUAGGAAUACAGGGGAUGCUCCUAUUCAGCUCAAACGCACACUCUCUGCUGAAAAACAAUUUUACAGUCAAGCUGAUACAUUUUGUCUGCAAACAAAGAUCUUUGAGGCCAUUGAAGAAUUGAAAAUAAGAAGGGAACUUCAUGCUGAAGCUGAAGAAAAGAUACAGCAACUUCUUCAAGAAAAUCUGAAUCUUCAAAAGAAAAUAGAUGCAGAGAAGAAAAGCAAUUUGAUAGAGACAGAGGAGCAUAACAUGCAGAUGGGUGAAAUUAAGAAAAAGUUCAAUGAUAAUUUGAUAUCCAUAAAGGAAGACAAGGAAAAGCAUGUUCUGUUGACAGAAACCGCAGAAAAGGAAGUACUAAAACUGAGGGAUGAGAUUCGCAGUAUGCUAUUAAACAAGUAUUCGCUGGAAAAACGAGUACAGGAGUUGGAAAGAGCAAUAGACUUCCAGGAUUCCUCCCGCACUUCUCAUCAUUCUCAGUUGGCUGAUCUUGAGUUGAAGUGUAAGCAGAUCAACUCACAGAGAGCAGCUAUACAAGAGUUGUUUAACCAGUUUAAACAGAAUGUUGAAAGUGCCUCCGAGUUUAACAGAAAACUUGAGUAUGUCAGCAGACAUCGACAGUGUCAGAUUGAUGAAUUAGAGUUGAUAGUAAAGGAGCAACGUCAACAAUUGGUAGAGGCUCGAGCAAAGCUGGAAGCUAGGCCAAGUCCAGGUACAGAGAUGAGCAGGAUGAAAAAACAAGAGGACACUAUCCACAAAGAAUUGCAAGCAAAAGAUAAACUUUGUGAACAACUUUUAAAACAUGUUGAAGAAAUUAGAAAUGACCACAAGAAAACACAGUCAUCGCUAUCUGAUGCACAUGAGUUGAUUGAUCACUAUGUCAGGUCAAAGGAACUAAGUAAUGUGCAAGAAGUAAAAUACCAACAUCUUCUAAAUGAUCAUGAGGUUCUCAAAGAUAGCUGGGUGGAGAAGAACAGGCUUUGCCUAUCACUUCAGGAAUCUAUAACAAAUAAAGAAAAAGAAUGGUUACAAAGGGAAGAAGAAUUAAAUAAAAGUUUGAUGAUCUAUCAGAGUAAGUGUGAUGAUUUAACUAAAUCAUCAGGAAAACUUGAAGAGAUUAAGGAUUAUUAUUCCAGGAUGUACGAAGAAUCUCGAUUAAGUUGCCAAGUACUUCAGGAAAGUAUCACAGGAAAGAGCAGCUUUUCAAAGUGUCUGAAUUUAUCACAAACAACACAAACAGAGUAUAAACCUGAUGAGUUGUUACCCAUCGUCACAGACGUCACUGUCACUUACUCCAAUAGUGCAGAAAGUCCCCCACAUCUCAAAGACAGCACCAUUUGUGAUGAUACAACAAAUAAAAACAAUGAAAACAAAGGCAGUAGUGACAUUAUACAUCUGUAUAAUAUCUGUGUGGAUAAAGAUGUUCCAAAUUUGAUAGACAGAAUUCAAAGUGCUAGUCCUGAACUUGUAUCUUAUUAUGUCGCUGUUGAACAUGGUACAAAUUAUGACGCCAAUAUCGACCAAGUGGCUGAUAAAAACAGAACCAAAGAAAACACUCAAAAUGUAUGCAAUGAAUGUGAUGAACAUGUUAGCAAAAAACAAGAUACUCAUUCCAAAUUGCCCACGAAUAAUGAGCAAAAUUUGACCUCAACUGAUGUAUCUUUGAAGACGACUUCUGAUGAAGUUUCAGUAACCUUAAAGACAGAAGAAAUGCCAUUAUUGAAAUUAUGUCAGGAACCUGAGACGUCCGAGAAUAGUGGUAGAUGCAUACCUAAAGCUAAAUUUGAUUUAAAAGAGGUCUCUGGAAAUGCAUCCACUGGCUGUGAUAAACAGGGACAUACUCAGACACACCCUGACCAAGAUAAUGAUUAUGUAAUAUCCCAUAAAUGUGAGAUAAAUAAGACGGAUAAUUUGGAUGUCAGCAAUACAAACGAAUGCAAACCACACUAUGACAUUACUACAGCAUCUGGUGUUCAUCAAGAUCAAGGGAAAAUGUCUGCUUCUGAAAGCCCAUUAAAUGAACUGAAACAUGUGAAAGAGAUAGAUGUUGUUAACCAAUGUACCGAUAACACAGUUGACAAAAAUGUACAGUCCAAGAGUAAUAUGCAGGCAAUUGGAAACUUUCGACCAAUGGAAAUUGAUUGCGGCUCACUAAACACAGAUUUGGUUGCUAUUUGUCAGACAGCUAGAAGUGAUCUAAAUUUAAUCAGCCAGCAAUGGGAAGCAGAGAAAAAGUCAUAUAAAAUAUCAAAAGAGGCUCAAGGACAGUCAUUCCGAACAUUUGAACCAUAUUUGAAGCGUUUUAUAAACCAUCCAAAUGAUCUUUUACAGAAUAAGAAAGCAAGAUUCCAAACAAACAACAAAAGUUGUCGCAGUGAUAGUAACGUCAGAAACGACUCUUCCACAACAAUCAGCUCAGAUUUUAAAAGCCAGGUCGCUGACACUUGUUCUCGGACACAAUUGUUUUCGGAUGACGACGAACAGGAAGAGUUAAACAACCGUGAAUAUAUUGCCAAUCAGAUUUCACGUCUCACCUGACCUGAGUACUGUAUAUACAGUACUGUAGUAUUUAAUCUUGAGUGAUGUGUGUUGUGUCUGGUUACUUAUCGGGAUAAUUCAAAUUAAAUUGUUGAGUUGGUUGUCAUGUUCUGAAUUUUAAUUGUAACUGUCGAACGUUGAAUAAUACAUAGUUACGGCUUUAGAUUUUUUUAGGAUAACUAAGUACUAGUCAGUGUAUAUUCCUAACAUUGAAAAAAUGGAACAAAAUAUCUUUGCAUGUUAUUAACGAUAGCAUAACUUGUUAAUUAAACAGAAUAAAAUCAAUCCGGCACUGCAGAAAUCAAUCCGGCACUGCAGAAUAUACUGUAUGUAUACAGUGCCCACAUAUACAGUAGGCCUUUGUGAGUAUUUAAAUAAGUCUCGAGAUAAUAUUAUGGCACUGUCCUAUAUAUGCCAUUUUGAAUACUUGUACUGUAAUACCAUUUUGAACUUAGUUACAUAUUAAUUCGAGCAGUAGGUUUUUAAGACUACCACUAUCUUCACACUGUAAUUGAAGUAAAUGUUUAUCACUUUAACGAAUGUGUUGGGCUUUUUUAACUGAAGUGUUUUAAAGGUAAAUAUACUACUUUUUUUAAAAUUUUUAGUACCGGUACCGUAUUUAUUUGAAUAAACGCCUCGCUUUGAAUUAU